UAGUAAGAAGAGUGACAUAGUUUGACAACAUUUUUGUAGAUCUCUGUUAUAUUUGGUUUAAUGGAAGAAAGCAGAAGUCUCUUAUCUACUUCUGAGUUCAAACUGUUGUGACACAAACACAGACGAAUGCAUACACACAUGUAUGUACACACGCACAUAUACAAGGUUUUGUGUGGUGUUAUGAUUGAUGGAUGGAUCUAAGGAGUUCUGGAAUGUGUGGAAAGAGAGAAAGCAUUAGAGGGCCUUUUUAGUGAAGUAAUAAGAGGAAACUUCCCUCAUUUGGAGAAAGAAAGCGACAUCCAAGUAGAGGAAGCACAUAAAACUCCUAAUAGACAUGACCAGAAAAUAUCUUCAUCGACACAUUGUAAUCAACUCUCCACAGUAAAACAUAAAGAGAAGAUUCUAAAAUGUGCACAAGAGAAAUGCCAGAUUACUUUCAGAGGAUCUCCAAUUAGACACACAGCUGACUUCUCAUCAGAAACCCUACAGGCUAGGAGAGAAUGGUGAGAUACAUUCCAAGUCUUAAGAGAAAAAAACUGGCCGGCGCCAUGGCUCACUUGGCUAAUCCUCUGCCUGUGGCGCCGGCACCCUGGGUUCUAGUCUUGUUGGGCCACUGGUUCUGUCCCAGUUGCUCCUCUUCCAGUCCAGCUCUCUGCUGUCGCUCGGGAAGGCACUGGAGGAUGGCCCAAGUGCUUGGGUCCUGUACCCACAUGGGAGCCAAGAGGAGGCACCUGGCUCCUGGCUUCGGAUCAGUGCAGUGUGCUGACUAUAGCAGCCAUUUGGGGGGUUAACCAACGGAAGGAAGACCUUACUCUCUGUCUCUCUCUCACUGUCUAACUCUGCCUGUCAAAAACAAAACAAAACAAAACAAAACAAAAAACAAAAACAAAAAAAAAAAGAAAAGAAAAGAAAAAAAACUGUGAACUCAGAAUACUACACCCUGCAAAUCUCUCAUUUGUGAGUGAUGGUGAAAUAAAGACUUCCCAUAACAAAUAGAAGUUGAAAGACUUUGUCACCAACCAUCCAGCCCUGCAGAAGAUGCUUAAUGAUGUGCUGAACACAGAAACACCGAAACAUGGCCAUCACUACGAAAGAAGGUGAAGGAAGAAAAUCUCCCAGUAAAAGUCAAAGGAAAUCCAAAGUAAAAAAAGUAAUGUUUUCGGAAAAAUGGCAGAGCAAAAUUACUUAUCAAAUUUACUUAUCAAAAUUACUUAUCAAUAGUCGCCUUGACUGUAAAUGGACUCAACUCUCCAGUUAAAAGAUACAGAUUGGCUGAAUGGAUUAAAAAACAAAACCCAUCUCUUUGCUGCCUACAAGAAACACAUCUCACCAACAGAGAUGCAUGAAGACUGAAAGUGAAAGGAUGGAAAAAGCCUUGCCAAUAAUUCUCGGAUUGUGGGACUCCUGGCUCAGCUGGAGAAGAUAAACACUGAAUCAGCAGAAUCGGAUACUGCCAGAUAUGUCACAUCAAAGAUUCUUCAUCUUGCUCAAAGUCAAGAAAAAACAAGGAGAGAAAUGACAGCCAAAGGCUCUACAGGAAUGGAAGUUCUGCUGACAACAUUAGAGAACACGAAAGAUCUGCAAACAACACUUAAUAUCUUAAACAUUCUUGUUGAGCUGGUGUCAGCUGGCGGAGGUCGAAGAGCGAGUUUCUUAGUUGGCAAAGGUGGUUCACAAAUAUUGUUACAGUUACUUGUGAAUGCCAGCAAAGAAUCUCCCCCACAUGAGGAGUUAAUGGUACAGAUUCAUUCAAUUCUUGCAAAGAUUGGACCAAAAGAUAAAAAAUUUGGAGUGAAAGCUAGAAUUAAUGGGGCUCUGAAUAUCACCCUGAAUUUGGUCAAACAGAAUUUGCAGAAUCAUCGCUUAGUUUUACCUUGUCUUCAGCUUUUACGAGUGUAUUCUGCCAACUCUGUGAAUUCGGUAUCCUUAGGGAAAAAUGGAGUUGUGGAAUUGAUGUUUAAAAUCAUUGGACCAUUUAGUAAGAAGAAUUCCAGUCUUAUGAAGGUUGCUUUAGACACUCUUGCUGCAUUGCUAAAAUCAAAAACAAAUGCCAGGAGAGCUGUAGACAGAGGAUAUGUCCAAGUGCUUUUAACAAUUUAUAUAGAUUGGCACCGCCAUGAUAAUCGGCAUAGAAACAUGCUCAUUCGAAAAGGAAUUUUACAGAGCUUAAAAAGUGUUACAAACAUCAAGUUGGGAAGAAAAGCAUUUAUUGAUGCCAAUGGGAUGAAAGUUUUGUAUAACACUUCACAAGAAUGCUUGGCAGUCAGGACUCUGGAUCCUCUUGUCAACACCUCCAGUCUGAUAAUGAGGAAAUGCUUCCCGAAAAAUCGCCUGCCACUGCCAACGAUUAAAAGUUCUUUCCAUUUCCAGUUGCCAGUUGUUCCUGUGACCGGUCCCGUGGCCCAGCUGUACAAUUUGCCCCCUGAAGUGGAUGACGUAGUAGAUGAAAGUGAUGACAACGAUGAUAUUGAUUUAGAAGCUGAAACUGAAAAUGAAAACGAAGAUGACCCAGAUGAGAAUUUCAAGAAUGAUGAUAUUGAAACAGAUAUUAACAAACUAAAGCCCCAGCAAGAACCAGGACGAACAAUUGAAGAACUAAAAAUGUAUGAACACCUUUUCCCUGAGCUUGUUGAUGAUUUUCAGGGCUAUGAUUUAAUCUCCAGAGAACCAAAGCCUUUUGUGUUUGAGGGAAAGGUACGAGGUCCUAUUGUUGUUCCUACGGCUGGAGAGGAGGCGUCUGGGAGUUCAGGCAGUUCGAGAAGAGGAGCUGCUGUGCAGGAGAAUGUGUCACCUAGAGGAGAGGAAGGUGAUAGGAAACCCGCCUCGAUGGAUGUUGCAAAAGAAGAUACAAAAGACAGUGGCCGGACGCUACAGCCGCCUCUUGGUGAUGAGAGCAGAACUGUUUCCUCAACCCAUGGCUUGAACAAUGACAUCGUGAAGGCCUUGGACAGGAUUACCUUGCAGAAUAUGCCUUCCCCAGCAGCCCCAGGGGUGAAGAAGGACUACAACCUCCCGCUCACUGUCCUCACGUGCACGAAAGUCUGUCCGCACGUGGCCACCUGUGGCAAUGUCCUCUUCGAGGGAAGAACAGUUCAGUUCGGGAAGCUGUGCUGUGCGGGAGUUGAAACCGAAGACGAUGAGGACACCGAGUCUAACUCCUCCGUGGAACAGGCGUCCGUUGAAUUGCCGGACGGGCCAACACUCCAUGACUCAGACCUCUAUAUCGAGAUUGUGAAAAAUACAAAGUCUGUCCCAGAAUAUUCAGAGGUGGCUUAUCCUGAUUAUUUUGGUCACAUUCCACCGCCCUUCAAAGAGCCAAUUUUGGAAAGGCCUUAUGGUGUACAAAGGACAAAAAUUGCCCAAGAUAUCGAGAGGCUGAUACAUCAGAGUGAUAUCAUAGAUCGAGUGGUGUAUGACUUAGAUAAUCCAAAUUACACUGUUCCAGAAGAAGGAGAUAUUUUAAAGUUUAACUCCAAAUUUGAAUCUGGGAAUCUACGUAAAGUAAUUCAGAUUAGAAAAAAUGAGUAUGAUCUUAUUCUGAACUCAGAUAUAAACAGUAAUCACUAUCAUCAGUGGUUUUACUUUGAAGUCAGUGGGAUGCGGCCAGGUGUUGCUUACAGGUUUAACAUCAUUAACUGUGAGAAGUCCAACAGUCAGUUUAAUUAUGGUAUGCAACCACUCAUGUAUUCGGUUCAGGAAGCAUUAAAUGCCAGACCAUGGUGGAUUCGCAUGGGGACUGACAUUUGUUACUAUAAAAAUCACUUCUCAAGAAGUUCAGUUGCCGCAGGUGGGCAAAAGGGAAAAUCUUACUAUACAAUUACAUUUACUGUCAACUUCCCGCAUAAAGAUGAUGUUUGCUACUUCGCUUAUCAUUAUCCAUAUACGUAUUCAACUUUACAGAUGCAUCUUCAGAAAUUGGAAGCAGCACACAAUCCUCAGCAAAUCUAUUUCCGAAAAGAUGUGCUAUGUGAAACCCUGUCUGGAAACAGCUGUCCACUGGUGACUAUCACGGCCAUGCCAGAGUCCAACUAUUACGAACAUAUCUGUCAAUUCAGAAAUCGCCCUUACAUUUUCCUAUCUGCUCGGGUACAUCCUGGAGAAACUAAUGCAAGUUGGGUUAUGAAAGGAACAUUGGAGUAUCUCAUGAGUAAUAACCCUACUGCUCAAAGCUUACGAGAGUCCUAUAUUUUUAAAAUUGUCCCUAUGCUCAAUCCAGAUGGUGUCAUCAAUGGAAAUCACCGCUGUUCUUUAAGUGGAGAGGAUUUAAACCGACAGUGGCAGAGUCCAAACCCAGAUUUGCACCCGACAAUCUACCACGCUAAAGGGCUGCUGCAGUACCUGGCUGCUGUGAAGCGUUUACCCCUGGUUUAUUGUGAUUAUCAUGGCCAUUCCCGAAAGAAGAAUGUGUUUAUGUAUGGCUGCAGCAUCAAAGAGACAGUGUGGCACACCAACGAAAAUGCCUCUUCAUGUGAUGUUGUGGAAGACAUGGGAUACAGGACUUUACCUAAGAUACUGAGCCAUAUUGCCCCAGCAUUUUGCAUGAGCAGUUGUAGCUUCGUAGUGGAGAAAUCUAAAGAAUCCACGGCACGAGUUGUGGUUUGGAGAGAAAUAGGAGUGCAAAGAAGCUACACCAUGGAGAGUACUUUGUGUGGCUGUGACCAGGGAAAGUACAAGGGUCUGCAGAUUGGUACUCGAGAACUGGAAGAGAUGGGAGCAAAAUUUUGUGUUGGUUUGUUGCGUUUGAAAAGAUUGACAUCCCCAUUGGAAUACAAUCUACCUUCCAGCCUGCUCGACUUUGAAAAUGACUUAAUUGAAUCAAGCUGCAAAGUAACUAGCCCUACCACUUACGUUUUGGAUGAAGAUGAACCUCGGUUCCUUGAAGAAGUUGAUUACAGCGCAGAAAGUAACGAUGAGUUAGAUAUCGAACUGACCGAAAAUGUGGGAGACUAUGAACCUUCUGCUCACGAAGAAGCGCUCUCUGACUCAGAACUAUCCAGAACGCACCUCCCUUGAGCCCCCUGAUAUCUCUUGACUAACCGCAGAGAAGAAGCGAAAUACCCUACACGGGGAAGCUGAGAGAAAUGAGUUUAUAGAGAACUGACUCAAAAGGACAAAAAGUAACUUGGGCCUAUUUGGUUUCAGGACAAUAAAUAUGUUAUUAAUUCGUGAUAAAAUUGGCACUUGUUUUAUUUUAGGUAUUCAAUGCACUUUAUAUAGCAUUGAAUGAUCAAAAACUAGAUUUACUUUUAAAAAGAAACCCGAGUAGCAUUGCAUGGAUUUUUUUAUCUCAUUAUAGUUAUGUCCUGCAGUGUGUCAAAAUAUGACAUCUGAAUUCUAGAGCUGUUGAAAUCCCUGAGUCGUUCGUGACCAGAAUAUAUUGUACAUGGAAUUCUAUAGCUGUGUCUGUGUAAGGUCGGGUAGAUAUCGAAGACUGUGCUUCAGAAUCAUGUUAUGGGUUGUGACUGAAAUAUUCCAAGCGUUUGCCUUGAAACCAUCACAUUCUACCUUUACCAAAUUAAGCAAAUAAAAACUCUAUUAAAUGCUGCAUUCAUUUCGUCAUCCUUUUCGGCCAGCUCAGGUGAUUUGGUCCAUAGCACUAUGUGAGAAUCUCUGGACACAUUGGUAAAUUUAGAAAAGAAAAAAAAAGCCCAAUUUACUACUCUUAAGUCUUUUAUGAUGUAUGGGUGUGUUUGUACAUAUCAUAAAAGAUGUAUUCGUACACCUCUUUUCCCUGAUGGUGUGUUUCGUGAGCGUCCCCUGAGUAGUGCUGCUUCUGAUGUGAAAGUCUUGGGGCUGCUGAUGUGAAAGGUAGAGUCCAGGGUGACGGCAGUGGAUGGAAAGUAUUUUGUGUGGCGAUAGCCUCCUGAAUUCUAGCCAUGCUGCUGCAGGAAAUGCCUUUGUCGUCAAGCGAUGGGCAACAGGUUUUGUUGUGACAAAACACACCCCAGAAGAUACUCCAGUAACAGGUCCUUGCCAAGAUGCAAGUGUUUGGGCCCCCAUCUUCCUUGCUUGUUCCUAGAGUAGAAUAUUUUUCAACUAAUUAGAAUGGAAAAGAAAUUCUAAACGUGCUUCUCAGGUUUUACAGUUUUCCAAACCAGUGAUUUUUUUCUUUGUACAACUGAAGGUAUUGCAUCUGUAGUGUAAGUUCUUUUUGUUGUCUUGGGAGCCGUGUUUAAAAACACAGUAUGGGGCAGCUGAAAGGCACUUACUUGUUAUCCAUCUCAGGAAAUAAAGAUUAACCGGGCUGGGAAGUCGAACCAGUUCUCUAAGUACAUGAACCUUAAUUUAGGAAAGAUCAGGAUACUGUAGCAAGGGAAAGUACUAUUUAUUUAAUUAUUUAUAAUUAUAAUAUUUUAACCUAUUUUAUAAUGUAAAUAAUUUACAUAUGUCAUUAAAAUCAUACUUUUUGCAGAGAGUAGAUUAUGGAGCCAUUAUACCCACAUAAGAAUUUUUGGCGGCUUUUACAGAGUUGAAAAUUAGAAACUAAAACCCAAGGUAGCCAUGUAUGUCAGGUAACUACAGUUACUGUCAUGUUCGGGUUGACUUGGCAAUUUAAGUUUAUUACAUUAGCAGUGUAAAAAUCUCUUAUUUUGUACUGUUGGAACAUUUUACAUUAAAUAUAACUUUCAGCAUAUAUUACAAGCUUGAAUAUACCUUUUUUAUUAAAGAGAUGGAAGGGAAAGUCUUUAUAGUUAAAAGAUGAUUUUUUUGUCAACAGUAAGUAGCUUUGGAAAAAUAAAAAAUAACUUAAUAUGCCAACUUUCCUAAUUAGGGCUAUAACUACAUUUCAUUUUAUUGGCUACUGGUAGCUAAAAUUGCCCUCAUGUUAACUCUGUGGCCUCAUUUUUUUCCCAAAGAAUGGUGGAGAAAAUCUUCAAUACCAUAGUCCUGAAAAUUAAUAUUCUGCCCUGCGCAGCAGUGACAAAGCCUGAUAAACUGAGUCUAAUGAUCCAGUUUAGAUCUUUUUGAUUCACCUUGCGUUUGGAACUUUGAAUUCUGUGCCUGGAAGCCUCUCCAAACACACAUUGCUGGUGUGUAGAUCAGGGCUGGGGCCCAAGGACCUGCCGCCUGUGCGAGUACCCAGCUGGUGACAUCAGUGCAGGAUGUCACCUUGAGGGUCACCGAUUGGUGCAGUCCAGGAAAUAGAGGCACAGAGGUCAAAUAAGGUCACAGGGCCACUCAGGCAGAGCCAGGGUCUCCUGACAACUUGCUCACCUGUUGCCUCUCCCCACCUCCCCAAGAGCAAGGACUGUGCAAAGCUUGAGAGUGUCUUGAAGUUGUGAAAUCUGUCCAGGCAAGGUAGAAGGCAGGACCCUUUGCUUCCCGUGGGCCUUCUGUCCUGGUCCUAGACUUGCUUGAACACAAGAAGUGGAAUCAGUCUAGUUUUUUUUAUAGAAACGUGGACCUGUCUGAAUUCUGGAGUUCUGCUCCAGGUAGGACACUGAGAGCAGUGAAUACGCUCUCUCUAAAUUAGCAGCACCCAAAUCAAGAUGACUAUGGUAGUUUAAGCGCUGAAGUGGAUGAUAAAUGUAUUAAUGGAAUUGUUUGCAUGGUAGUAAGUGACAGUAACGAAUCUUCAAAUGUAUCCUUAUCAAUCUUGUUCUCUCCUAGUCAGACCUUAAACAUUGCGAAGUAUUGAAUAUCGAUGCAUUUUUUUCUUGUUUUGGUGAAGGUUUAGUAGCUGUAUACAAACUCGAGUUCUUUCUGCGAGGAAAAACCUGUUGAAACAGUAUUUCUACUUGAUACAAUAGAAUGUCACUGUUAGGUAAUACUUCUCUGAUUAAAGUCUAUUCAAAUCCCUGCAACCUACAGAAAAGCAAACCUGGGAGAAAGUCUCUUUAACCCUCGAGAUGUCCCCUGUCAGCCGUGUUUACAGAGCACUCUUAACGUGCCUGUCCUGGGCAGCUGUAAGUGUGCAGUAACUCAGGUCUGUGGUCACCCCUUCCUUCCACAAAGUCCUGUUGACAAGGCAGACUCCCGAAAUCCUCUGUCAGAUCUGUUUCUUCAGAGCUUGGCUGAAUGUUGGGCACAUUGAAUGGUUAGCCUGUUUUUUUCCCCCCAAUUUGAGAUUGCCGACUAUGUAUGGCCCACAUCCAAGCAAUGGACUCUCUUAGCAAUGGCAUUUCUGGGGUCGCACGGGGACUCGGAGUUUAGGACAUGGUUGGCGGUUUGUGGAGUACUGUGGUGAUCUUUGUGGUUGUGCUUUUGUGAACACACAUACAAACCCCUGUGAAGUGGGCAUGGAUUUGUGGUACUCUGCUCCUCGAAAUCCUAGAUGACUUUAAAAGGUCAGAGGUGUAGCUCCAAAUAUUUUGCAAAGUUUACCUUUGUGGUGCCAGGUGUACAACUGUUCCUUUUAAAGACGUCAUUGAUAAAAAUGCCGAGUAUGAGGUGAACGGCUGCAGAAACCUGGUCCGAGUAAUUAUGAUGCAUGAUCCUGCAAAUGUUUGUAAUGUACUUUGAAACCAUAAAAAGAUCCGUAAGAAAUGGCACAUGUGAAGAAAUUGUAAAAGGCAAAAGAUGCUUGUUGGUGAAAAUUGAAAUAGAAAAGACUAGAGUUUAAUAAAAGUCUGCACCUUUGAAAAUGAA